GUUUCCAAUAUCAAGAAGAAAUUUUCAAAUCCCAAAAAGAAAUUCCCGGGGUACAAAACUCUUUCCUCCUAUUCAAAACGGGAUAAGAGUAUAAUUGGCUGCAUAUUGGUGGUAGCCCUAGCGUUCCUCAUAAACCUAUCCCUGCUUCUUUACUUGAUCAUCCGAGACAAUGGGUUCAAGGCCUAUGGCGACCUUUUUACCGAAAGUUGUGAUCAAAUGAAGACUAUCGAAACUGUCAUACAUCUUAUCAUCAACAUGCUCUCCUCUAUGAUUGUGGCGGCUACCAACUAUUGCACUCAGCUACUUGUCGCCCCAACUCAGAAUGAAGUUACCCGAGCACACGGGAAAGGCGAUUGGCUAGAGACGGGAGUGCCGGGCUUCCACAACCUUUACAUCUAUUGUAAGUAGGUAAUAGACUCCGCCAAUCGAGAAGAGAAUAUGACUAACUCCAAGUUUUAUAGUUGGAAUUGCAUUAUCUUCUCAGCCAUUCCCGUCACUAAAUAUCAAGUCGCCCUUGUUACUUCCGAUUUUCUCCAUGAUCCGCAGCCGUGGAACAAUACAUGGAUUACCGAUGGCCUAUUCUGGAGUACAUAUGACGAGCCCAUUGGAAGAGCGGAUCAUACCGCGGAACUCAGGGGUAUGCUCCUCGAAAACCAACUCGAGCGCCUGGACAGACAAGCAUGCGUGGAAAGAUAUAUCGACACUGAUAUCCGGCACAAAGAUGUUGUGAUUGUUGCAUCAAAUAUCUCCAUGGACCAGGGCUUAUCGUUGGUGCCCAGCAACAAGAAUUCUUCAUUGAUCUACAUGCAUGGGACUUUCACUACACGAUCGAAGUGGAUGUGGACUUCUGCUUGGAUGUGUUCGAGUUGGCACUCGGGUAAUAUAACGGUCGGGAUGGGCCAGCCAUGGUGCUCAAGCAACCUUCUACUUCCUCAUGCCGACGAUUGGCUUCUGAAGAGCUGGAGACAAGAUAAUAAUGGUGCAGUACUACGCGAAGUCUUGCUUAGCGUUGACUACUGCCUCUCUGCUGGGGCGGAACAAAUUCCACAAGGAUGUGCAAUCCGGUACAGCAGCAUCCUCAUCUUGAUCGUGACUCUUAUAAUAGUAGGUGGUUUGAUCAUUGUUCUCGUCAAGGCACUGACUGCCUUGGUUGGAUAUGAGCAAUCAGUCGACUUCAAAUCGUUGUGGCAAAUGGGUCUUGGGCAUGUUCAAGCAUAUGCCAUAUCUCUAACAGAAACAUGGGGCAACAUGGGCGAGAAUGCGUUUUAUGCUACAGCUUUCCUGGCAAACGGGUGUCAAAUAAUCUUGAGCUCUGGCUGGUAUUUCGCCAACUCACUGCUCAGCAGGAUGCUCCUUGCGCGCCAGUGGUCGCAGUUCAUAACACAACGCAAGAACCUUCGAGUUUCGGAACCAACUGGAGAUCAGAGAUCAUCCUACACACUGUCGUUGCCGUAUCGUUAUAGCAUACCGCUUCUCAUCGCCUCUGCAAUGGCUCACUGGCUUAUGUCGCAAAGCUUGUUUGUUGUGCAAACAUUAGGAUUCAUGUACCAGCCCACUCAUAAAACUGACGACGGCUUCGUACGGAUCCCAGAUCUUGACGGUUCCGUUUUAGGGUUUUCCGCGAUAGGCAUGAUCCUUACUAUAAUUACCCUUGGAAUCCUCCUGAUAGCACUGUUAGCUCUGUCGAUGAGAAAACUCCCUUGUAGAAAAACCGACGAUGCUGAGGUUAGUGAGGUCAUUCGCAUGCCUGUUUCUGCAGCCUGCAGUGCCGCAAUUAGUUCGGCAUGCCACCCUAGCGCGGGCGAAAAGGAAGCCGAACUACUUCCUCUUCAAUGGGGAAAGGACGAGACAGGGGUAUGGGGCUUUACAAGUCGAACACCACUUGGGUAUUCGCUUCGUGGCUAAAUCUAUUAAGAGAAUAAGAUGUCUGUGUUGAGUUGUGAGA